UGGCACGCGAACGUGAGCAGUGACGUCGGUCCUGGCACUGCAGUCGUCAUCGCAGACGUUGUGCAGCAUGGAUGUAAGGCGUUGACACUCGAACGGAGAAAAGCAUGGGGAAAAUGCACAAAGAUUCAUUACACCCAGUGAUCAUUGGUUCCAUUGCUGGAGUCGCAUCUCUGUUUCUGGUGCUGGUCCUAGCCGCCGGCUGGUUCAUCUGCCGGAAGAAGAAACGCGUGUUAUUUGACGACGCUGAUCCCAUCGCGUUCACAGACGACUCCAAGAUGGACCGCGUUAUCCCGAUCAGCCAAAGCACACCCGAACUGGGGGUCGAACCCGAGGAAGUCAACACAGAGAGCAGUCCCGUCAGACGCGGACUAUUCCAACUGAGCUCGAGGCAGUGGACUCUUCCUAGUGUGCCCCAACGUCAUCAGACAUUUCAGCGGAUGCUGUCACACAGACUCGAUCUCUCCAACAUAGAGUUUUCCAUCAAGAGUUUCAAGCACAAAGAGCAGCCCGAGCUGGGUUCCAUAAAACCGGAGCUGUACAAACAGGCGUCCGUGGACAGCCUGCGGUCGGAACACGUCCCCUGUGGUAAGCUGUUCUUCAGCCUCAAGUACGUCCAGGAAGAGGGCUCGCUGCACGUCUUCAUCAUCCGGGCGGAGGAUCUUCCGGCGAAAGAUUUCUCCGGUACGUCAGAUCCCUACGUCAAGGUGUACCUACUUCCGGACCGCAAGACGAAACACCAGACGAAGGUACAUAGGAAGACCCUGAACCCGGACUUCAACGAAUUGUUUGUGUUCACUGUCCAGUACGAGCACCUGGCUAGCAGGACCCUCCAGUUUAGUCUGUACGACUUCGACCGGUUCUCCAGACACGAUCUUAUUGGGGCGGUGAUGGUGAAGGACAUUCUAGGGGAGGGCAGUCUCAUGAAGGAGACGUACUUUGUUAGAGAGAUCUACGUUAUACAGCAGGAGAAGGCUGAUAUUGGAGAUGUGAUGUUAUCACUGUGCUACCUGCCCACCGCCGGACGAUUGACUCUCACCAUAGUGAAAGCCAGAAACCUCAAAGCUAUGGACAUCACUGGAUCUUCAGAUCCCUACGUGAAGGUUUCGCUGAUGUGCCAGGGGAAGCGAAUCAAGAAGAAGAAGACGUCGGUGAAGAAGUCAACACUGCACCCCGUGUUUAACGAGGCCCUCGUGUUCGACGUGCCACAGGAGAGCAUCGAGGACGUCUACCUCUUGGUAAAACUCGUCGACUACGACAGGAUUGGCAGUGAUGAGCUGAUGGGAUGCUGUGCGCUGGGCCCCAAAUACAACGGUUUGGGUCGCAACCACUGGUACGAGAUGUUGGAGAACACGCGGAAACCGGUCGCCCAGUGGUACCAGCUCCAGGAGCACCUGCCUCACCCCAUGCCAAUCACACCCAAUGGGAAGUGUUGUCUCAGACAGAGACAGUCCACCGAAGAUUCGCUAGAUGGCAAUAGCAGCGGAAUAUGAGCUGGGACACCUCGCUAGAAUGAGACUGGUACCAGUCAACACAUUUGUCAAAACAGCCCCGAAAUGGCUACCAUGCAGCAUUCGGACUCUUCUAGACCCGUGUGAGGGUUACUAGAGAUGGGUAACCAUGAAUAGUUAACCUUUGACCUCAUAUCUUAUGGACAACCAAAUAUGGCUGACAUUGGGCCUCACAUCUUGCUCAGACUCAAGAGAGGAGAUGUUAAUACUUCAGACGAUUGUAUUGAGGCAAUGGAGGAUUGGUGGGAAAAGCUUUAAAAUUAUCAAAAGAACAAAUGAAUGAAUGUUAACGACACCCAGCACGAAAACACUAGAACAAUUAAGAUAUUCGCCUCUUAAGAAGAGAACCGUUUCACAUAUUCUGUGUAGACUUCGUGUGACUACUAGUCGGUAUACUAUUAGAUCAAAGCAUUAAUACCACAAGUCAAUCACCCUAUUUCAAUAUGGAUUUCUAAAACGUAUCUCAUGCAAGCAUUCACUUUUUGUGUCAAUGUUAUGAACUUAAAAUUUAAAAAAUCAAUAUAUAUAUAUAUUGAUCAUUCAUUUUAGCUCCAACCAUGUUGGAAUAUGGCUUUUUCCGUCAUGGUCCUUUGACGACUGUUUCAAAGCACUGCUGGAGUCAA